UCAGCAUUUUCGAGGGUACAACACUCUUUGAUGUCAUUGUUGUCCCCAACCCCUUCUGACAGUAAACUGUAUUACUGCGUCCUCUUCCAUGCCACAAGAAAACACCGUUUCUUUCACCAUUUUUCCUUAUAUAAAAUCCAGAGUCUUUUUGUUUCCAAAUGCAUGGGUUAGUUCUACUCACUCAGAAGAGAUUUACAUAAUUUUAUUUUUACUUUCAUUUAUAUCUCUCUUCAUUUAACAUUUAAAGCAGCCAACUACUCUAUCUGAAAGCCUGCAAUAAAUGAGCGCAAUGGUAUUAUUGUCUUAGAAGGCUUGGUUCUGGUAGCUCAUUUACACUUUAGUUAAUAAGAUUGUUGUUUUAUUCUCUGCUACUCAUGGGGAAGGUUGGAGGAAGCUCUUGGUUGGCAGCUGUUAAAAGGGCUUUCAGGUCUCCUGCAAAGGAUAAUAACAAGAAAACCAGUAGAAGGAGAGAAGAUCAUGAUCAAGAAGAUGAGGAAAAGAAAAGAGGAAAAAGAAGAUGGAUUUUCAGGAAACCUUCAAUGCAGGAAACAGUUAUACAACAUUCUGCGGAAAAGAUUAUAACAACUAGCUCCUCUAAUCCUACCGUUACAGCUACAGCUAUUACUGAAGCUACUGAUGCUAAACAAAGACACGCACUUGCAGUGGCCAUGGCCACAACAGCAGCUGCUCAGGCAGCAGUUGCAACAGCACAAGCAGCUGUCGAAGUAGCUAGGCUUACUAGGCCUACCCUCUUCGCUAAGAAGCAUUUUGCUGCCAUUGCUAUACAAACAGCUUUUAGAGGAUAUCUGGCAAGAAGAGCUCUUCGGGCACUAAAGGGAUUGGUAAAGCUGCAAGCUUUAGUGAGAGGACACAAUGUAAGAAAGAGAGCAAAGAUGACUCUUCACUGCAUGCAGGCUUUAAUGAGAGUGCAAGCACGAGUAAGAGAUCAAAGAAAGAGGCUUUCUUAUGAAGGAAGCACAAAUUCGACUCUAAGUGAUCCAAAUAGCUUAUGGGGAUCACAUUUUGCUGAUAGAAAAUCUAUACCUAGAGAUGAGAAUAACACAACUGAUGAAUGGGUACAUUGGGAUGAGAACCCACAGUCAUUAGAGGAAAUCCAAGUACUGUUGCAGGAAACCAAAGAAGAAGAAGAAGAAGUUGCCUUGAAACGUGAGAAGGCCCUUGCUCAUGCUUUCUCUCACCAGAUAUGGAUGCCAAGUAGAGACACAUAUGCCAGUGAAGGAGAGUUAGAAGAGAAACCCAGAUGGGAUGAUCAAUGGACAAGAAGGAAGCAAUUGGAGAAUAGAGGAAGAACCUUAUGCGAUGAAAGAGAAUCUAUUAUCAAAACUGUUGAAGUAGACACUUACUCAACUCCAUACACUCACAAACCCCAUUACCAUCAUCUUUAUCAACAACAAAGGCCUAGUUCAUUUUCUGCUACCUCUCCUCUUCUUAGACACCAAAACAAUAUAACACCAUCUCCAUCUAAAGCAACACCACAACUCCAAGUCCAUUCAGCUAGCCCUAGGUAUCUAAGAGAAGACAGGAACAAUGUAAGCAAAACAGGAAAUGGAAUUGCUACUUCAAUGCCCAACUACAUGGCCGCAACUGCUUCUGCUAAGGCUCGGCUGCGGUCGCAGAGUGCCCCAAGGCAAAGGGCUUCAACACCAGAGAGGGAAAAGAUAGGUCCAACUGCCAAAAAACGUCUAUCUUUCCCUAAUCCAGUAACAAGCAAUAGCAGCAGUAGUAAUAACAAUAUUGUGGAUAGGUUGAAAAGCCCGAGGUAUAAGCAGGGGAUUCAUGAAGCAUAUCUUGGAAUGGAGCAUAGGUCUACUGUGUCUUCUUGCUAUACAGAGAGUAGUAUUGGUGACGAAGCUUCUCCUCCUUCAACUAAUGAGCUUAAUAGAUGGUUAAGAUAAAUUAAGAAAAUAUAAAGGUAUGUUUGGGGUAAACUCGUAAUUUUCAUCUGGAGUUGUCAGGAGGAUUUUUUUUUUUAUUAUUUUUAUUUUUUAUACGAAGGGCAGCAGAGCUGAAAAAAAAAGCUGAACUUAACAGCAGCGAAUGUAUGAUGUUUAUGUUCAUUGACUCUUUUUUUUUUUUUUUUUUUUUU